AAUAAGAACUUUCCAGGAAAUGGAAACAUGUUUUUUAAGGUUGGGGAAAGCAUAAUAACUUGGAACAGAUUUAUUUAGGGCCACUUCACUUGAAAAUGAACUGAACGAAAGCAGAAACGCUACUAGGGAUUUGGAAAAGCAGUUGCAAGAUGCACAUGCAUUGGCAGACGAUUUGAGACGCAACAGGAGCGCUCUUGAAGAUAAGCUAGAACAAGUAGAACGUGAGCGCGAAGUGGCACUUAAACCAUCUGAUUUCGAGAAUGAGCUUGAGAACGUGAAGAAUGAGCUGGAGGUGAAGAGAGAGCGAGUGAGUAAUCUGGAGAGCAGACUGGCUGAUGCAGAGAGGUUUCUGGACGAGAAGCAUCAGCAGCUUUGUAAAGCAAUAAGCAGGGCGGAUAGUUUUGAAAGCUUGGUGAACGAGAAAAACGACGUGAUCGAUGACUUGAGCAAGCAAAUCUGGGAGAAGGAUGGGCAGAUUGAUAAGCUGCAAAAGGAGGUCGAAGGACUGCAGGCGGAACAGGGCCAGCAUCACUUCCUUCCCGAGCAAAUGCAGCAGUUAAAGAAUAGAAUGGAAGAGGAUCGGAAGCAGGUUGAUGUUCUGCGCAAGGAAAAUGAAAGACUUAUAUCAGAUAUGAACACACUGCAAGAAACAGUAUCAGCUCUCCAAGAACAAUUAUCGGAGAAAGAGGAUGAGCUGCACAAUCUGGAGAAAGCAAGGAACGACGCUCAGUGGAGCCUCGGUGAACACAUCCAGUGGCUUGCGGAUGCUAACAACAGAGCUGAUGGGUUACAAAAUGCUUUGGAGGAGAAGGAGAGAGAGAUUAAGGAGCUGCGUGAGGAAAUUAGUCGGAUCACACAGGUCGCUGACGAAGAAAAACUUAUGUGCCAGAGGGCAUUGGAGGAGAUGAAUGCUAAGCUCGCUGAAUUUGAAAAAAGUCCGAAGCAAGAAGAUAUCGAUGCUCUGGAUGCGACUAUUGAAAGCCUUCGGAAUGAAAUCAGUGAAAAAGAUAAAUGCAUCGAAAAUAUCACGAAAAGUAAAAAUGAUGCGGAACAGAGCUUGAACGAACACAGCCAAUGGCUUCUGGAUGCCAACAGCAGGAUUGCAGACCUGGAAAAUAAUGAAAAAGAUAAAGACAAGAGGAUCACGGCCUUGCACGACGAGAUUGAGCAGUUAUCGGGAAAGGUUGUGCUGGAUCUAAAAGCUGCUCUGGAAGCAGUGCAACGGAAUGAGAAGCUUGAAAUGCCUGUUGAAGAGCUUGUUGCAAAAUUAAACGAUGCUGAGCGGGCGCUGGCCGAAAGUCCAAAACUGAAUGAUUUCCUAAGCUUAAAAGCUGAAAAUGAUGAUCUGAGGAAAAAGUUGCAUGAGAAGGAAGCAUGUCUCGAGGGCCUAGAAAAGGAAAAGAAUGAUGCGCAGUGGCGUCUCGGAGAGCACAUCCAGUGGUUGAAGGAUGCCAAUGAUAGAGCGAAUUGGCUAGACGGCUUUGUUCAUGACAAAGAUCGAUCCAUCAGUGAGUUACAGCAGGAAAACGAGCAAUUGCGAUGUGAGCUGGCAAGUGCGCCAAAAUCGGAAGAUGUUGGGCUAAUCAACCUGGAGGCGUCGAGUCGUGACAAGGAUGAUAUAAUUGAUGGAUUGCGCAGAGAGCUGGAAGCUCUGAGAGCUGAGGAUGCAGCACAGGACGACGAUCGAAUGCGGUGCUUGGAGCAUCAGGUAAAAGAUCUGAACAGAGCAAUGCAGGAAAAAGAUGAAUAUGUCGCUAGGCUUGAGAAGGAAAGAAACGACAAGGAAUGGAGUCUUGGUGAACACCGCCAAUGGCUCAGUGAUGCCAACAACAGAGCGGAUGAAUUGGCCGCAAAACUGCGAAAAGCGGAAGAUGAAUUAUCGCGGCGGGAGCACACCGAGGAACCGGAUGGUACCGAAAAAUGCAAGGUACGAGCAGGAUACGAACUCGAUUAG